GGUGUUUCAGUCACCAUGGUGGCACACAACAGAGCACAGCAGCGGCUGACCUAUCCUCACUUUUAGCUCUAUUAAAAUGUCAAUAUGAUGAAUUUUCGCGGUGAGCGUACCGGGGUCUGCCUCUCACUAUGGACGCCGGGUUGCCGUUGACGGGUUAGCUGCUAGCCGUUAGCUCACUUUUGUUGCUCGCUCGGGUCCUACAUGGAAUUUGUGUCGGUCGCUAGCAGAAUGCCGAAGAGACAAGGCACGGCUUUGAUGAAUGCUGGCUCCAGUAAAGGAACAACGCGUUAAGAAGACGACUGCGAGAGAAAAUUUGAGUUUUUUUAAGGGAAGUUUUUUUCCUUCCCAGCAAGGGGACUGGUGUUGGCGGCCGGUUUCGGACUCGGCCAGUGGAGAGGUAGAGGCAGCCACCCCCGAGGAGACCGCUCGGCUGUCUGGCUCCAGUCGUGGCCUGGCUUCGGGCACUCCCAGCUUAUCCGCUAGCAUCGGAGCACAGGCGACAAGAAUAAAGCAAGACAGCGGGGACACUUUGUCUGUAUAUUUCCGAACCCCUGGAUAUUUUUAAACAGUUUUUUUUGUAAGGAUAGGGAACUCCUUUUCCUCCAGACGGCGUCUUCCAAAACAAUGGCGUCUUAUGUGGAUAACAGCUUUCGGCAGGCUGUGAUGAUGAAUCCGGCUGAAAGGACGCAACAGGACCUGGAGAUCGUCUACUCUUAUCUCCAUGGGAUGGAGGCUUUGUCCAACCUACGAGAGCAUCAGCUGAGGAUAAUGUGUGAGACGGUGCGUUAUGAGAGACACGAGGCUAAUGAAGUGCUCUACUACCCUGAUGACAUUGGAAGCUGCUGGUACAUCCUGUUGUCCGGCUCCGUUUUCAUCAAGGAGUCCAUGUUUCUGCCCAGAAGCAGUUUUGGAAAGCGAUCAGCCGGCAGCCUGCGACGUGGAUGUGAGUGCAUCGUCCUGGAACCUUCAGAGAUGAUUGUGGUGGACUAUAUGGAUGAAAAUGAGGAGUACUUUCAGCGACAAGCCUCGCACAGACAGUCCCGCCGGCGCUUUCGGAAGAUCAACCAGAAGGGGGAGAGGCAGACAAUCAUCGACACCGUGGAUCCGUACCCCACCGGAAAGCCACCCAUAGCCCGGGGAUACCACACGGAAUGCAAUAAACCUCAGCUCCCCGCAGACUUCAGCAGACUUCACCUGGCCGACGGCUUACAUCCACAGGUGACCCACGUCUCCUCCAGCCACUCAGGAUGUAGUAUCACCAGCGACUCUGGAAGCAGCAGCCUGUCAGACAUUUACCAGGCCACAGAGAACGAACCAGGUGACAUGGACCUGAGUGGCCUGCCGGAGACAGCCGUCGACUCCGAGGAGGACGACGAUGAGGAGGACAUCGAGCGAGCGUCGGACCCCCUCAUGAGCCGGGACAUCGUGCGGGACUGCCUGGAGAAGGACCCCAUGGACAGGACCGACGAUGACAUAGAGCAAUUACUGGAGUUCAUGCAUCAACUGCCAGCAUUUGCCAACAUGACCAUGUCAGUGAGGAGGGAACUCUGCGCUGUCAUGGUCUUCGCUGUGGUCGAACGCGCCGGCACUAUCGUUCUCAACGAUGGAGAGGAGCUGGACUCGUGGUCGGUGAUCCUGAACGGUUCGGUGGAGGUGACGUACCCUGACAGCCGGACAGAAAUCCUGUGCAUGGGGAACAGUUUUGGGGUGUCGCCGACCAUGGAGAAGGAAUACAUGAAAGGUGUCAUGAAGACAAAGGUGGACGACUGCCAGUUUGUGUGUAUAGCCCAGCAGGACUACUGCUGCAUCCUCAACCAGGUAGAGAAGAACAUGCAGAAGGUUGAAGAAGAAGGAGAGAUCGUCAUGGUGAAGGAACAUCGUGAACUGGACCGCACCGGCACCAGGAAAGGACACAUCGUCAUCAAGGGCACGGCGGAGCGUCUCACCAUGCACCUAGUGGAGGAGCACUCAGUGGUGGACCCAACCUACAUCGAGGACUUCCUGUUGACCUACAGGACCUUCCUCUCCAGCCCCAUGGUCGUGGGCAAGAAGCUGCUGGAGUGGUUCCACGACCCCAGUCUCAGGGACAAGGUUACACGGGUAGUCUUGCUGUGGGUAAACAAUCACUUCAAUGACUUUGAGGGCGACCCUGCCAUGACUCACUUUUUGGAAGAGUUUGAAAACAAUCUGGAGAAAGAAAAAAUGUGUGGGCACCUCAGACUGUUAAACAUAGCAUGUGCUGCUAAAGCCAAGCCACGGCUGGUGACCCUGACCAAGCCGUCCAGGGACUCUCCACUGGCAUUCAGCCUUCUCGGGGGUCAGGAGAAAGGUUUCCGCAUCUUUAUUGAUGCCGUGGAGGCAGGGAGCAAGGCGGCAGAAGUCGGCCUGAAGCGUGGCGAUCAGAUCUUGGAGGUCAACGGGCAGAACUUUGAGAAUGUCCAGCUCAGCAAAGCCAACGAGAUCCUGAAGAACAACACUCACUUGUCCAUAACUGUGAAGACAAACCUUUUAGUGUUUAAAGAGCUGCUAACGAGGCCGGAACAAGACCACGACUUGGAUGGCGAGGAGGAGCACGACAGAAAGAACGGGGCACCUCACCUUCCAAAGAUUGGGGACAUCAAGAAGGCCAGCCGCUACUCCAUCCCUGACCUGGCGGUGGAUGUGGAGCAGGUGAUGGGCCUGGAGAAAGUCAGCAAGAAAGCCAAGACCAACACGGUGGGAGGACGCAACAAGCUGAAGAAGAUCUUCGACAAGACGCUCACCAGCAUCCUGCCCCCUAAACCUUACAAUGACGUUUGCGUGGGCCAAUCGCAGGAUGACAGCAUAGUGGGGAUGAAGCAGUCGAAACAGAUCCCACCAGCUCUGCCAGUCAGUGGAAAUCUCUCGUCGUCGAACCCGGACCUUCUGCAGUCUCACCACCGCAUCCUCGACUUCAACAACCAGCCUGUCCCGGUCAUACUGAAUAUGUCAGACCAGGUGCUACGAGUCUUCAAGGCGGACCAGCAGUCUCGGUACAUCAUGAUCGGGAAGGACACGACGGCGAAGGAGGUGGUGGCCCAGGCUAUCAGGGAGUUUGCCCUGACGGCUGCACCAGAGGCUUAUUCGCUGUGCGAGGUGUCCGUCACACCAGAGGGCGUCAUCAAACAGAGGCGGUUACCAGACCAGCUUUCUAAACUUGCUGACAGGAUUCAGCUGAGCGGCAGAUACUACCUAAAGAGUAACAUGGAGACAGAGACAUUAUGUUCAGACGAGGACGCCCAGGACCUCCUUCGAGAAGGCCAGAUCUCUUUGUUACAGCUCAGCACCGUGGAGGUGGCCACGCAGCUCUCCAUGCGAGCUUUCGAACUUUUCUGUGCCAUCGAACCCACCGAAUACAUCGACGACCUGUUCAAGCUGCGAUCCAAGACCGGCUCCGCCAGCCUGAAGCGCUUUGAGGAGGCCAUCAACCACGAGACCUUCUGGGUGGCCACGGAGGUGACGCGGGAGCCCAACCAGCUCAAACGCAUGAAGACCGUCAAGCACUUCAUCAAGAUCGCCCUGCACUGUCGGGAGUGCAAGAACUUCAACUCCAUGUUCGCCAUCAUCAGUGGUCUGAACCUGGCUCCGGUCUCCAGACUGAGAGGCACAUGGGAGAAGUUACCGAGCAAGUACGAGAAGCUGUUUGGGGACCUGCAGGACCUUUUCGACCCCUCCAGAAAUAUGGCCAAGUACAGGAAUGUCCUCAACAAUCAGAACCUCCAGCCACCAAUCAUCCCCCUGUUCCCUGUCAUCAAGAAGGACCUCACUUUCCUACAUGAAGGCAAUGACUCCAAAGUGGACGGCCUGGUGAACUUUGAGAAGCUGAGGAUGAUUGCCAAAGAAAUUCGCCAUGUUGGUCGCAUGGCGUCUGUCAACAUGGACCCAGCACUCAUGUUCCGAACCAGGAAGAAGAAAUGGAGAAGUUUAGGGUCUCUAAGUCAGGGUAGUGCCAACGCGGCGGUGCUUGACGUCACUCAGACAGGUGGGCACAAGAAGCGGGUGCGACGCAGCUCCUUCCUGAACGCCAAAAAGCUUUACGAGGACGCCCAGAUGGCCAGGAAGGUCAAACAGUACCUGUCCAACCUCAGCCUGGAGACGAACGAGGAGAGUCUGCAGACGUUCUCGCUGCAGUGCGAACCCUCCAUCAGCACAUUACCCAAGAAUGCUAGUGGCAAACGACCAGACACUUCUCCGGUUGUGCCCAGAGCUGCCAGUCAACAAAGGGGCCAGUUGGCCAAAGGAAACCAGGCCCUCCAGGUCCCCGCCGUGGCCCUCUACCCAUCCCGAAAGAAAGUGCCAGUCAAGGAUCUGCCACCUUUUGGCACCAGCUCCCCUCAGUCCCUGAAGAAGAUCCUUUCUUUGUCAGAAGAGGCGAGCGACCGGCACCGGAGGCAGGCAGAGGACACCAUGUCCAACGCCUCCUCCCAGCUCUCCUCCCCUCCCACCUCCCCCCAGAGCUCGCCCAAGAAGGGUUACAACCGGAUGGGAGACGCCUACUCAGACUCUGGUCACAGUGAGAUCUCCUCUCGCUCCAGUCUCGUCAGUAACUCCUCCUUUGACAUGGCCCAGGAGGAGAGGAGGCUUCGUCACUCUGGAGGAGUCGGAGAAGCUCACAUUGGGGGACCACGGCUCGAACGACGAGCCACCACCGACCCCGACCAGUACAGCCUGGGGUCAUAUUCAUCAAUGCAGGACUGUCGGGGUAUUUACGCUGGCUGCCCCACAGUACUCUCCUCACCCAGCUCAGAGGAACUGACUCAGGAUCAGGGCGAUCGCGUUUCCCUUGAUGCUGCAGACAGCGGCCGCGGCUCCUGGACUUCCUGCUCCUCCGGUUCUCACGACAACAUCCAGACCAUGCAGCAGGGACGGAGCUGGGAGACUCUGGCCUUUGGGGGAGGCGGUGGUGGAGGCGGGAUUGGAGGCCUCCCUCCAGGAGGACCAGAAGCCUUAUUAGGGGGUCCUGCUGCGCUGUGGGCAGCACAGGCCAGGGGAAGCUGGGCGUCUGCCAGCUCCUCCUCAUCCUCAGCAGCGUACUGGGGGGAGGACUCUGAGGGAGACACCGGCACCAUCAAGAGGAGAGGAGGAAAGGAUGUCAACGCCGACCCAGAAACAAGUAGCAUCACAUCCACCGGAUCAGAGGAGGCAAAGCAGCUCGGCCGACCGUCUCCAUCGCCCAUCACUGCUGGGGGUAAAGGCCUCAUUUCUCGGAAAGAGGGCCGUUACCGCGAGCCUCCCCCGACUCCCCCCGGCUACACUGCUCUGACCAUCUCUGACCUUGCUGAAGGACAGCACCCAGCCCCGUCUGUCCCCACGUCCACAGCGACCCACUCGGGCCGCCGGCCACCGGACUACACCACGGCUCUGCAGCGCUCUCGUAUGGUCACCCAGUCGCCCGACUCCCAUCAGGCCCACCAGGGGGCCAAACAGCGGGCGGGCGGCCUCCACCGCACUCGCUCUCCAACUGAGGAGCAAGAGCCUGAGGAGGAAGAGGAGGGUGAGUCCUUGUCUUCCAAACUAGUCGCUCUGAGGAAGCCAGUGGCUCAGCACACACCAGAGACUCCCAGACCAUGAGAGUGUGUGUACGGGGGUAAACAGGCAGGGCCCCUCUCCCCAAGGCAGAAGAUGAACAGGUGUCAGCGGUCUGAGGGACAACAGCGGACGCUUUUUUUGCAGUAACUUGAAGUCCCCCUGGUUCGGGGUGGGCAGGAUUAAAGAGACCAAUAGACUCAUCAUCCGUUACGUAUGUGCCUGCCUCUUCCACUCGGCUCUCCCUCCUAAUCAGUGGAUUCCUCUGCUCAUCUCCCUCCCCUGCCUUAAAGCAUCAUGGGGGGUUGAAUGACCCUGCAUGCAAAAAAAAAUACUGUGAAGAAGAGACGGAGAGAAGGUCAAAGACGAUGACAAAAUGCCUGGCACUUUGGAGAAAAAUAAAACAAGAAGAAAAAAAAAAAAGGGACUACAGAAAGCUAAGUGGUGCCGGCAGGGUGGACCCGGCAGCAUCCACACAGAACCACACAGAUGUCGCUGUUAGGAACGGGACCGGCUCCUUGAGACUGCCCCCCCACCCCGUAAAUCCAGUGACAAACCCCCCCACCUGUUAACACAACGGCAUCAUGACGUGUUGAGCUUCAUCUGCACUUUCUCAUUUUCUACUUUCUAAGAAAACAGAACAAAUAAAAAACCAACGAAGCAGACUGUUGUUGAAGACGGAGAGAAAUACCAGUUUGACUUGACUCUUUGAUUUUCAACUUCCCACUACAUUUCUUUUCCUUGUUUUGUUUUUUUUUCUUGUUUUUUUUUUGUAGUGAUUGCACUCUGGGGGCCCGAAAAAGAGCAACCGAGUCGGAACGUCGUUUCUCUCCCUGGACUGAAGCAGCCCGUCUGUCGUCGAGUGUUCGAACUUCUGAAUCCAGUAUUAUCAAGUUCACAUGUGAAAGCUGAUCACUUGUUGGUUUGGAGGAGGGCUCAGCUGGGAGAACCAACAUGCACAGUGUACUGACAUGCCUACACACACAAAAUACAUUUUAUUUACCAGUGCAUAGACAAAAAAAAAAAACUGUUUAAUUCUAAAACUAGCACUUUCAGCACAAUCCUAGAUGUUCCCAGACAUUUGGCCUGGAUACCAGGGUAUGAGUGAACCAUAUCUUCCUGUCCCACCUCAGAGCGUGUCUGGUUUAGAUCUCAGUCUUCUCAUCAUCUCGUCGCUUUCUGUCACGCUGAGAUUCUACUGUUUUGACGCCGACCUGCAGGUGAUAUGAAAAAGCACAGAGGUGAUCGACCACCCGCUGAAAGCCACGUGAGACCCCAUCGUGUUGGGCUCCACGGCUGAGCUAACCGAAGCUACAGAUUUGUGAAUCGUGACCUGAAGGAAUCACAGACCAGCAGGAUUUCAGAAGCUGCCAAUGUGUUCAUGUUGAGUGUACCUCUAUCAAAGCUACCUUUGCAAAAAUGAUCUUGUACAGAGUCUUAGAAUACAUGUAUUUCCUUUGAAAAAUGAAAGUAUCCACUAAUUCCAAUUUGGCUUUUUUUCCAACCCCGACACACGCCACAUCUUGUGAAUGUCCAAAGCGCCUUAUGAUGCCAUGUUUGCAUACGUUUCUUUGCAUCGCUGUUCCCAAUGAGAAUCACCUGGUGGAGUGAAAUGCCUUAUUCAAGAUACUUUCCCUGACUUUUUUGAUAUGUUAAGACUCGGUACAAGAUGAAGUCGAGCGUUUUCUUUCGGGUUCGGUAUCAUCAGACUUGGACUGCGGCCGUUCUUCUCCAUUACGGUGCUGUAGAUCCUUUUGUCUGCUGCACACAGGGUGAGCGUGCAUCCUUCCCUCUGCUGCCGUGCUACUAGAUUCAUCCUCAAACUCUCCUCGCCUGUUACAGACAUCAGCUCAGUGGAUGCUGUAUUUAUCUCGCUAACGCCUGCAUCCAGUUCUCCACCAUAUCCCGCCAUCAGUGGAAGUGACUGAAGAUAUUUUUUUUCUUAGACUCCGGUGGGGAAGUUGACAUGAAGGUUUUUUGUUUUUCUUUUCAAGGCUGCCAAUCAGAACGAUUCUAAAUCCAAUUGUCAAAAAUGUAACUUUUUUGUUUUGUUUUCUUCUAUCACUGAGUCGCACUGAUCACAUUGAUCAGUCUUGGAAACUACAGACUGAGGAAAAAGAUGAAUGAGUGCAGUGUUUUCCACUGUGUUCUGUGACUACACACUAAUAAUUUCAAAGGUUUCCUUUUUGUUCUUGUAAUUUUUUGUAAUGGCUGCAGAUAGAUUGUUAAUAAUUUGUUUGUAAUACAGUGGUGACAUGCAUCAUUCACUUUCAUUCAAUUCUGAAGAUAGUGUGCAUAUUAGCGGGCCGAGUCCUAUUUCGAAAAACAAAAAGUUGCACAAAAAUGUACAAGCGUAAAGAUAAGUGUAGUAGGUAGAACUGCUACUCCGUUUGGUGUGUGAUGUCAGUGAGAAAUGUACAUUUAGCUGGUGAUGACCUUCUUUUCUUCAUUCUUUCUUGUACUACUUUGACCUGUAUGUCUUUUAAAAAGACAAUUGGUGGAGUAUGUAUCAGUUGUUUUUGUAUUUUUAAUACAAUAAUUGUAAAUAUUGGUUAUAUUUUUGUUCAAAUGUACUAUGUUUAUGCCUCAACAUCCAGUUUAUAUGAAGCUGGGAAUCAAUAAAUACUGCAUAAAGAAUCAACACCUAGGUUUUAAUGCACUUAUUCAUUUCUUCUGCAUUUUGAUGUCUUUUUUUUUUCAAGGUCAUUUUUCUUUCCGAGGUCUCCCCCCCUCCCCCCGAUACCGUCUAGUGUUUGCACAAGUCAUGGAAGCAACUUGAAAAGUGUAACGCUCAUACUUUUCUAUCUGACCGCAGUGUGUCAGAAUUAAUAAAAAAGAGAUAUUGAA